UGACUAUAUGGGGCACUGCACUGUGCAAUUUUCCCAAAACCCUCAACGCACUGCACUGCACUGCACUGCGCUGCACUUUCUUAGAACAGACUGCUCAAUCAGUAAGUCAGACACAACAUAAGACAACAGUGUAAAUUGGUCACUAAAGAGAAGCUGGAAGCUGAUGCGUUGUGGUGAAAGAAACCAAUGAAAGAAGAAAAAACAAAACAUAGAAAUGCCUCCUCACCUUCAGCCCCCAAUUCCCAAACCCCAAAACCAAAACCAAAACCAAAAAAACAAGUUCUACUUCUUCUACGGCCACCGUAAACCCUCCCAACACCGCCCCACCGUCCGCGGCGGCCUCUUCUCCAACCGCCAAUCCAUCUCCCUCCACAAACCCUCUCCUCCCCACAAUCCUCAACCCUUCAAUCUCCACCACUGGGACCCACAACAUUCCCCCACCACCACCACCACUGAAACCCGCAACACCAACACUGGGUCUGGGUCUGGGACCACCCACACCUCUCUCAUCCGCCUCUCCCCUAUCGCCCGAUACAUCACCGACUCAUUCCGCAAGAACCAAAACCACUGGGGCCCUUCCAUCGUCUCCGACCUCAACAAACUCCGCCGCGUCACUCCGGACCUCGUCUCCGAAGUCCUCAAAUCCCAACCCGACCCGAAUCUCGCCUCCAAGUUCUUCCACUGGGCCUCCAAGCAAAAAGGCUUCCACCACACUUUCGCUUCCUACAAUGCCUUCGCCUAUUGCCUUAACCGCUCUAACCGUUUCCGCUCUGCCGAUCAACUGCCCGAACUCAUGAUCUCCCAAAACAAACCCCCCACUGAAAAGCAGUUCGAAAUCCUUAUCCGAUUCCACUCCGACGCCAAUCGGCCCCUUCGGGUUUUCUACGUGUAUCAGAAGAUGAAGAAAUUCAAUGUCAAGCCUAGGGUUUUUUUGUACAAUAGGAUUAUUGAUGCUUUGAUGAAGAAUGGGUAUGUGGAUUUGGCGCUUUCAGUUUAUGAUGAUUUUAGGAAUGAUGGUUUGGUUGAAGAGAGUGUUACUUUUAUGGUUUUGAUUAAAGGGUUGUGUAAAGUUGGGAGAAUUGAUGAAAUGUUGAAGGUUUUGAGUAAAAUGAGGGAGAAUUUGUGUGCGCCGGACGUGUUUGCGUACACGGCAAUGGUGAGGGUGUUGGUUGAAGCAGGGAAUUUGGAUGGAUGUUUGAGGGUUUGGGAGGAAAUGAGGAGGGAUAAGGUGGAGCCGGACGCAAUGGCGUAUACGACUUUGGUUACCGCGUUGUGUAAAGGUGGGAGGGUGGAGAAAGGGUAUGAGUUGUUUAGGGAGAUGAAGGAGAAAAGGUGUUUGAUUGAUAGGGCGAUAUAUGGAUCGUUGGUUGAGGCAUUUGUGGCAGAUGGGAAAGUGGGGUUUGCUUGUGGUUUGUUGAAGGAUUUGGUGGAUUCUGGGUAUAGAGCUGAUUUGGGGAUUUAUAAUUCGAUUAUUGAAGGAUUGUGCGGUGUGAAGAGAGUCGAUAAGGCUUAUAAGGUUUUUCAGGUCACGGUUCAGGAGGGUCUUGAGCCGGAGUUUGUGACUGUGAAUCCAAUUUUGGUUUUGUAUGCAGAGAUGAGAAGGAUGGAUGAGUUUUGUAAAUUGUUAACCCAAAUGGAGAAAUUGGGAUUUUGUGUCAUUGAUAAUCUUUCGAAGUUCUUUGCUUUUGUGGUUGGGAAGGAGGAGAGGACAAUGAUGGCUGUGGAAGUGUUUGAGAACUUAAAAAAGAGAGGUUAUUGUAGUGUUUCCAUAUACAAUAUUCUUAUGGGGGCACUUCACAAGAAGGGGGAGUUCGAAAAGGUGAUAUCACUCUUUGAUGAAGUGAAGGAAUCAAAUUUUGAACCUGACUCAUUGACUUAUAGUAUUGCAAUUGAAUGUUUUGUAGAGAUUGGUGAUAUUGAAAAAGCAUGUCUGUGUAACAAUAAAAUCAUGGAGAUGUCUUUGGUUCCUUCUGUUGCUGCUUAUUGUGCUCUUGCUAAAGGGCUCUGCAAGACCGGAGACAUUGAUGCUGCUAUGAUGCUUGUUCGCGAUUGCUUAGCCAAUGUUACGAGUGGCCCUAUGGAGUUUAAGUAUACACUUUCUGUUGUUCAUGCCUGUAAAUCUGGUGGUGCUGAGAAGGUGAUUGAGGUACUUAAUGAAAUGAUGCAACAGGGUUGUCCUCCUGAUGAGAUUAUAUACUCUGCUAUCAUCUCUGGCAUGUGUAAGUAUGGGACAAUUGAGGAGGCAAGGAAGGUUUUUUCGAAUUUGAGAGACCGCAAACUUUUAACAGAAGCUAAUAUGAUUGUCUACGAUGAAAUGCUAAUUGAGCAUAUGAAGAAGAAGACCGCAGACUUGGUGGUGUCUGGAUUGAAGUUUUUUGGUCUAGAGUCCAAGUUGAAAGCAAAGGGUACUUCUCACCCACCCUUCUUCUCUACCUCUAGAAGUGCAAGUGAAGUGCUGGGGAGUAUUAUGACAGGCAAGUAACUGGAGGCAAUGAGGAGAAGCAUAAUAUGUGGGAUAAACUUAAGUUGUUUUUGUUCAUAUUGCUAUAUUUGCUUUGGCUAAAAGCACAUGCAAAUUGUGUAAAUUCGUGGCAAUCUGUCCAAGAUAUUUUUUCUUUUGUAAAUUAUAUUAUAGUAGUAAAAGUUGGAAAUUGGUCAUUAUUA